AUGAAUAGCAUCACGCAGCAGCAACUUGCGCCACUGCCAGCAGCGCACGGCACGACUCCGCCACCACCAACGUCUCAUUCGGACAUGUUCUUGAACAUGAUACAGGGCAAAUCAGUCACUGUAAUUGUCGGCCAACACUCUUUGUACUGCACCUACACCCUGCCCGUCGCCCUACUAUGCGUUCACUCUUUCUAUCUCGGUAAAGAAAUUGCGGGCUUAACCAUGGUUAACAAAAAGCGCAAACUUUCUCCUUCCAGAGAGGGCGAGGAGGUCGAAGCAAAGGUUGUGGUAGAGGCUAAGGACAAGAACAAAGAUGAGAAGCCUACUGAGGAGAAGAGUGUAAAAGAGGACAAGAUCAACGAGGAGCGAGUUAUCAGGCUAACAGAUGUGGAUCCUGCAAUCUUCGGUCUCUUCCUAAAGUUCAUCUACAAAGACUCAUACCCACCGAAUGUCGACGCAAGAACAUCAACGACCCACUACCCUCAUCGCUCGUUGACAGCUGUCCCAAAGUCGACCACUCUAGGCUCGGAAACUGCUACAGCACUCCGUCAACCGUCUUCGAAAAUCUCACCUGCCAAUAGCGAUGGACGUAUCCAGGCCACUCCUCCACUAAGCCACAUGCCUGCCCUCAUGCCACCGCCUCCAUCUCCACAAGACAUGAACCAGAUCGAGUUCAUCCCUCCCUCUGUACACGCAUGGCUCCUCGGGCAACGUCUCGGCGCUCUUCCCUUCAUGAACCACGCUAUAUCCCGAAUCUACGCAGGUAUCGGAGUCUACUUUGCUCUCACGCCCUCACUCUUGGACUACGUUUGGAAGGAAACCUCACCAUCACCGACGAUUGCCUCUUCAUCAUCAAAUUCUUCAUCCGGAUCAACUCCAUCAGCUACGGCAAAGAAUGUCCUCGCCCCCUCCCCUCUCCGCAAACUCCUCCUAGACGUCCUUGUAACGCACUGGUCACGCCACCACCCCUCGAACCCCAAUGCCGUUGUCGUCCGGUCUUUAUCAGUAUCACCAAACUUUUCAGCGCCGCUGAAGGUCGCUUGGGAUAGGCUUUUUGAUGAGCAUACUGAUUUAAGGAAUGAAUUUAUCUAUGGACUUCAGGGUGGUGUGCAGUUGAUGCCUGCCAACGCCUAUUUUGCAACACCACUACCGACUGGGCAGAGCGGUAUGGUCAAGGGUGGAGUGGCGAACAGUGAGUUUAGGAAGGAGCAUGGUCGAGGCAGCGGACAAGCGGAAAAAGAAGUGGUUAUCAAGGAGGACAAGAAAUGUGAGAUGGAUGCUCUGGCAGAUAAGAAAGAGGGCGGCGGCUGA